CUCAACCACAGAUAAGUAUACGGAGCGUCGUCUUUUCGCCUCUUUCCUGGCACCGACCCGCAGGAAUUUACUGUACUCCCAAUCUGCUCCAAAUAAUGAAUGCGUCUGCUGAGAGACAAUGUUGAAAACUGCGUUCCGCAGGCGGGCUCUGCCCCUCUCAUUUGGCCAGCGAAGAUGGACAACGCAGAAUACAGAAGAACCGUUUCCGCCCGAUAUCAACGAGUGGUCCCAUCCUCCGUCAAAUGCAAGCAUCUCGGAUGAAGAAAUACAGAGACUAGCAGCGCAACCUCGCCGACCUCUUACUCUGGCAGAUCUAGUCAGACAUGGCAAACCUCCCUUACGAGACUCUGCUCUUCUUUCCUCCGCAAAUUUCACGUUGUCCCUUCUCCCGGCCCGCCUCGCACAUCGCAUCCAAGCUCUUCGGAAUCUGCCCUUCAUCGUGGUGUCCAACCCAAACGUCUCGAAGAUAUACAACAACUACCUACAUUCUCUCUCCACCCUAGAACCUUUCUACAAGAAACCUAUCGAGACCAUUGAAGAAGAGAUGAAGUUUACAGAAGCCAUGGCCGAUCUGGUUCGGACACAUUCCAACACCAUCCCAGUUCUUGCACAGGGCUUUCUUCAAUGUAGGAAAUACGUGGACCCGGCAGAAGUCACUCGGUUUCUCGACCAACAUCUCCGUGCACGGAUAGGUACCAGACUCGUUGCGGAACAACAUCUGGCCCUGCAUAUGGCUUCCACGGGAGACGCGGCCAAGCAGAAACCCGACCCAACCCACGUCGGGGUAAUCGACCUUGCGCUCCGCCCUGCAGACAUCGUGCGCCGGUGUGAGGGCUUCGUCAACGAGGUCUGUGAGUACAAAUACGGCGUUCGGGUCUCUUUGGUGAUCAAUGGAGACCAAGAUGCAGAAUUUGCACACAUUCCCAUGCACCUAGAGUACAUCAUCACGGAACUCUUGAAAAAUGCAUUCCGCGCCACGAUCGAGAAUGGCGCCGAGAAGGAGCCCAUUGAGGUCACGAUUGCCUCCGCUCCUGACGUACAGACCACGAAGCUGGAAUCGCUCAAGAAGCUGUCGGUCAGCAAAGAGAACGCAUAUGACUUCUCCCAGGAAGGGCUCGACGAGUACUGCGCUUCGUCUGACGAGGAUGUUCUUGAUGCUCUCAACUCGGCCGCCCCUUAUAUCACCUUGCGCAUUCGUGAUCGAGGCGGCGGUAUCCCACCCGAUGCCUUACCCAACAUCUGGUCAUACAGCUUUACCACUUUCAACAACGAAGAAGCCGCGGCAGCGGCCAAUGCCGGCAGCGAUGGCUCCGAGGGCUUGAGUGCCAUCUCAAACAGUGGAACGAAUCAGUCUUCCAUUGCCGGCUUGGGCUAUGGCUUACCCCUGGGACGAGCUUACGCCGAGUACUUCGGCGGGGGGAUCGCCGUACAGAGCAUGUACGGUUGGGGCACGGAUGUCUACUUGACGUUGCAGGGUAUUGGGAAUACCCAGGAAUUGAAGGACGCGCCCAAUGGUUUUGAAGAGUUGGAGAAAGAGAUGGGCGAUUAGGGAUAGAGUCAGGAGCUUUGGCUUCGGGACUUCAUUUGCUCCUGCUGGAAAGUGGGAGCACUCAUCAAACUGGAAAGCACAGAGGUGUAGCUCUUUCAAGAGCCACCGCGGCUUAGAGGCGCCUCGAAUGCCGGAGCAGCGUCCAACAUCGUCAAUUACUUGCCGGUGAAGGCAUUCGGCGGCGACGGACUUGUGUGAGGUUCGUUCAAGUAAACACCGCAUGGAGCUUGCCCGAGGCUCUGUCCGCCAACCGUUCCUGCAUUGGGAGCCCAUACAUCUCCCUCGUCCAGCGACAACAGAUCUUCCUCGUGUCCUUGGGAUCGACAAUCUCUUCGACGUUGAAGCACGUCGCCGUCCGCACCGGGUUCAUCAACCUGAUGUACUCAUCUUCCAGCUCCUUGUACCGUCUCUUCCACCCCUCUUCACCUUCCUUCUCGCGGAUCGUCUUCAGCUCAUGACGGUGACCCACCUCGAUCCCGCCGUCCAGUGGCAAAGAGCCCCAGUUGCCCGAAGGCCAAGCGAUCCGCAUCCAAGGUUCGCGGCUGUCAAGCAUGAUGCCGCCAGCAACACCAUACACGCGACGAGUCACCACGCUGAAGAUCGGGGUCGUGGUGCUGUAGUAGGCUUUGCCGAGCUCGACACCCCAUUUCAUAGUGGCGGUGCGCUCGGCGACUGUCCCGAUGGCGUAGCCAGCUGUCGUAGGGAAUACAUCAGUGUAUGGAGUAGAAACAGCGGCGCAUGUCCAUGAGCAAGAGUUCUAGUAUACGAGCAGCAAGCAGGUGGAGCCAUGACCGAUGUAAGACACGAACGCAAGAUGGGAAUAUAGAAGGCGGGUAAAAUACGGGAGACUAGAGGGAUCAAUCACUUACGAACGUCCACAAACUGCACGACGGGCAAAUUGAACACGUCGCAGAACUUGAGCAUCUUCAUCAGCUUCUGGCUGCCCAUGGCGUCCAGCGCGCCCGAGUUGACUUCGCAGUUCAGGCUGAGGAUGCCGACGGGCCUUCCCCCCAGGCGGGCGAGGCCGGUGAUGCCGGUGCGGCCCCAGAGGGCGCCGAUCUCGAAC